AUGCACAAUGCCUGGCGCCGGGAGUGGACCCCCGAGGAUUAUCGCUUGGACAAAGCCUGGAAGAACCUCAGCAUGAGAAGCAGCCUCGAGCUGUGGCCGUGUGAUAUGGUGGAGGUGUUCCGCUCCGAUCGAUUCCGCUUCUUCCUGGGAAGCUUGGCAUCCGCCCUGAAGUUUCAGGAGAAGUGCCCAGACCUACACAUGGUCUUCACGAUGAAUGCAGAGGAUCAGCCCUCAGAUGGCGAGCCACCAGACUGGGCCGUCUUCUUCAAGGAGCGAAACGUUCUGAACUUUCGCUUCGGGGGCUACGACAAGACGAAUGUGAAGCCUGGCUCACCGGAGUGGCUCCAAAAGAAGACGGAGUUCUUGGGAAUCUGGACCGAUGUGGUUGGGAAGCUGCACGCACAUGCGCCGUCGUCACCCAGACCAGUGAACGUCUUAUUCCACUGUUUCGGAGGAGUCAAUCGGUCUACCGCUGCUCUGGUCGCUGCCCUCGUGUCGCUGUCGAUGACCAUCGAGCAAGCUGUGGAGUAUGUCCUCAAGGCACGGUCUGGACAGCAGUGCUGGUGGAAUCGGGACUACUUCCUACCGGCCUUGCUGGAGUUUGAGGCUAUCCACCUUCCCCACGUUUCACCCAUGGAGGCAGAAGAUGGCGGACUGGAAGAACAGGCGUAG